ACAUGGAGAGGCUCCAUGGUUAGACAGUUGGUUUAUGUUGGAUGUUUGAUACAGGAACCUCUCGAGAAAAUCAAUUUGUCAAUGAUUGGUGGGUUUGGGGGACAGAACAUUCUAGUGGAGUGCCGUAGUGUCGGUGGAGCACGCUAAUUAUUGGCAGAUACCGCGGCUGCUGGUGACACGGGUUUGUCCACUGCCUUAACGAUCCGGCCAAAUAUCACUGACCACCUUUCCAAGUACGAACGAACGGGAGUAGAUAUCUUGACGUCCACAUCUGGCGAAAGCUAGAGGGAGAGGAAGGGACCGGAAGGAGCACGCCCUUCUUCAAAAUCAACUUGAAUGGCCCUAUUGUGAAUUUAAGGUAACUCGGAGGGAAAGACAGACAUAUUUUCAUAUGUGGAAGAUAAAACAUUUUGAUAUGACUUGUGACAAGGUUAAUGUCGAGGGAUUUAUUCUAGUUGAACAAAUCAUCAUUCUUGACACUUGAUUGUGUGUAGAACGUCACGGAUAUCGGUCACAUGUUAAUCUUGAUAGCAGAAGAAACUAACAACACUGGAAACGUUCCCCAGAGAUAUGGCCGCAUCUGGGAGGGCGGUGCGGUCAAAUUCUAAAAGUACAGGCAUGAAUGUCGACAUGUCGGAGGUGUGGCAACCGCGAGAAAAGGUCCCGAAAGAUCGUUCCGUCCGCUUGCGUGUUAUGCCUGAGCAAAGCAAUGAUUACCGUGUGGUAGUGUUUGGUGCCGGCGGAGUGGGCAAGAGUUCGCUCGUGCUGCGCUUCGUGAGGGGCACGUUUAGGGAGAGCUACAUCCCCACCAUAGAGGACACGUACAGACAGGUAAUCAGCUGUAACAAACAGGUGUGCACCCUACAAAUCACAGAUACAACCGGCAGCCACCAGUUCCCCGCCAUGCAACGAUUGUCGAUCUCCAAAGGACACGCGUUCAUCUUGGUGUACUCCAUCACUAGCAGGCAAUCGCUAGAGGAGCUCAAACCAAUAUUCGAUGAAAUCGCGGAAAUCAAAAGUGAAAUGGAAAGUAUACCUACAAUGUUAGUGGGAAAUAAGUGUGAUGAAACGAACCGUGAGGUCCCACAAAGAGAAGGGGCGGAAUUAGCAAAAAGAUGGAAUUGUGCUUUCUUAGAGACGUCAGCGAAGACGAAUCAUAACGUGAAGGAGUUGUUCCAGGAACUCUUACAGCUAGAAAAAAGGCGAACUAUGAGUUUACAAUUAGAGACAAAGAAAACCAAAUCACAGAAACGCAAGGAAAAGUUGAAAGGCAAAUGUACCGUUAUGUAAACAUUCAAUAGAUGUGGAUUUGUAUAUAUAGCAUUACGUCCAUAGCCUUACUCUACGGACGUGGGGAAGUUAAAUACAUUCUGUCGAGUUUCCCUCAAUGAGGAGUGACGCCGCAUACAGGAUCCAGCGGACGGUUCUAGUGCAAUUAGAUCUACUCAAUGGACAGAACAUGUCAUAAUAUGUCAUGUCCGUCUGUCGUUAUAUCCGUGGAUAUCUGUCUAGAUUCAUCAUCAGUGUCAAGAAAAGCCCAUCUCUUUCUAAUGUCCAGUAGUGUAAAUAUAUCCCUAGAAGAAAUGAUAUGGGACUAUCGACCUAGAAGCUGACUGUUUGUAGAUUGAUCGAUGUCUUAAUCCAGUGAUGUGGAAGAGUUUCACUGACCGAGUGUAAUCUGUCAGUGCUCGGCCAGGCAGGGGUUAGCGAUCUGUCACAUGAGGUGGACAAACAAAUUCGUCUAGAGUUAUCUCUCGUUAACUUCUAAUUACUCACCAGGGACCGUUUCUAGCGCCCAGACAGCGCCAUCUACUUCUUGCUAUGAUUUCUCUAUUGAUCCCCAAUUUGGAAUACAAGUUAGCAAUGUCAUAGAGAAGUGGUUCGUUGGGUCUCCGGUCUCUCUGCGGUGCUUUCUGUAAGUUUGCUGCGCUGUAGUGGUCUAUGUUCUGUUUUGUGGAUGCUUGGCGAUAAGUUUUAAAGACUGUGUAUUUAAUCUGUUGGUAAAUACAUACUAGACUUUUUCAUGUUUUAUAACCAAGCCGUACACGGAAACGCCAAGUUAAUACGUCUGUGAUAUAGCAGUAAAACUCGGUCGUAGUUAGAGAGUUUGUAGAUAUACGAGGACAUCCGAAAUAGGUUAGACGGAACACUACUGGUUUUAUUGUUCACCUCCUAAGCGAAAGGUAGGUUUGUUUAGAACGUCCAACAGUUGUAACCACAUUAUCGGAUAAAGGAACCAUACAAAACCCAAUAUAUCUGAGUUUAAUAUCCUCAAACAAUCUGUUAUAAAAAUACAUAUGUCUUAGAAAUACAGAAUCUGUGUUAAACCUACAGUUUGACUUCCGACUGUGUUACAGGGUAUACUUCUGCCUACAGAUAUUUUAUCAGUAAGACAUGGACCGUACGUUCUAUGCACACAACGUCAGACAUCGGUACUGUAGAACUAUUGAUUGCAGCAAACAAAUGUAGAUAUUUUUGCCAUGUAUUGAUUGUGAUUUUUUUUCGUUUAGUACUCGCUUGUUUUAUGACUGUUAUAUAACUUGUGUAACUAUACAGGUAUCACUGAUUAAACCUUAAUUGUUUUAUAACUUGUGUAACUAUACAGGUAUUACUGGUUAAACCUGUAAUUGUUAUACAACUUGUGUAACUAUACAGGUAUGACUGGUUAAACCUGUAAUUAUUAUAUAACUUGUGUAACUAUACAGGUAUUACUGGUUAAACCUGUAAUUGUUAUAUAACUUGUGUAACUAUACAAGUAUGACUGGUUAAAUCUGUAAUUGUUAUACUUGUGUAACUAUACAGGUAUGACUGGUUAAAUCUGUAAUUGUUAUAUAUAACUUGUGUAACUAUAGAGGUAUGACUGGUUAAAUCUGUAAUUGUUAUACUUGUGUAACUAUACAGGUAUGACUGGUUAAACCUGUAAUUGUUAUAUAUAACUUGUGUAACUAUACAGGUAUGACUGGUUAAACCUGUAAUUGUUAUACUUGUGUAACUAUACAUGUAUGACUGGUUAAAUCUGUAAUUGUUAUAUAACUUGUGUAACUAUACAGGUAUCACUGGUUAAACCUGUAAUUGUUAUAUAACUUGUAUAACUAUACAGGUUUUACUGGUUAACCUGUAAUUGUUAUAUAACUUGUGUAACCAUACAGGCAUGACUGGUUAAACCUGUAAUUGUAUCACAACUGGUCAACUAUCACAGUCUUGUUAUCUCUUAAGGCUGUAUGCUACCUUACAGAAGACAUCUCUGUGUCACAGAUAGAUAUGUACAUCACUAUGCCUUUUAUUAUAUAUGUAGUACUCGCAGCAAUUAACGUCUAAUAAAAUGAGAUUGUGACAUAGCAGUAUAAUUCACGAUAUGGUAAUACAUGUUUAUUUAAAGUUUAAUUAAUCUAUUAGGAACCAACAAUGUCUGUUUGUUUCAGUAGAAUAUUAGUUGUUUACAUUUACUUUACCAUAUUAUUUCAUGUUAUAUAA